AUGAAUGCUGGUAACUACGAAGUUGAGUGCUUCGUGCAUAUUUUCAAUUCCUGUACUCAAAACAACUAUACAAUUGCAUCCAUCUUUGAACAUCUUUUCCGCUCAAUCAAAGCAGAGUAUCCACUCAUCCAUAAAGCGUAUAUACGAUCAGAUAAUGCAGGAUGUUACCACAAUGGCCCAUUGCUGCUGUGCCUCCCAGAGAUUGGCAAAACAACUGGUAUAACUGUUGCUCGCUACGACUUCUCCGAACGCCAAUCAGGUAAGGACAUCUGCGACCGAAAAAUCGCUCCGAUGAAGGCUCAUAUCCGAAUAUUUGUCAAUGAAAAUCACGAUGUUGUUUCAGCAGAGGACAUGAAAGUGGCGUUAGAAUAUCAUGGAGGAUUGAAAAGAUGUAGAGCUGCAGUAGUUGAAGUCGACUCAUCACAAGAUCUCUAUGAAGGCAACAAAAUACCAGACAUAAGUCUACUCUAUAAUUUUCAGUACGAAACUAGUGGCAUUCGAGUAUGGAAAGCCUACGAAACUGGAAAAGGUAAAUUACUAACCUACAAAGAUCAUCAAUUUCAACCGCAGAAUGUUGCAAGUUUGAAAGUUGUUAAACCAUUUGGACCUCGUCAAAAAGAACGUGGCGCCAUUGGCAAAGCGUCUAAAACUGCACAGGCAGAAAUCUUUUCAUGUAGCGAGUCCACUUGCAUCUUAACAUUUAGGUCAGAACGAGAGAUACAAGCGCAUAUGGAUACUGCCAAGCAUAUCCGAGAAUUAGAGUCUGUUUCUCUGUACGAUGAAAUCCGAAGAAAAUGGGCCGAAAGAGUAACUGGGAUUAGCACAGUUGCCAAACCAACACCUAGUGUUUUCACGCAAGUUUAA